AAGGGAUAGUUAAAUAAAUAAUAAAUAAUUACAUUUAUUUUUUAUUUAAAGUAUGGAUUUAAUUCGUGCUUUAGAUAUUUUAUCUGCACAGGUUGAUACAGGUGAUGAUCACAAUUUGAGAAAAGAGAAAAUUGAGGCAUGUAGAACCAUUUCUGAACAAAUUUGUGCACCAUCACUUAGAAAUACAGCAGAUUUUCCCAGGUUUUUAUCAAUUGCCAUAUCGUUGUUAUUAAGAGCCCAUGGUGAUAAAGAUUUAAAUGUCUAUUCAGUUGCAGAAGAAAGUUUAAAUAGAACUAUAAAAAUUCUAAUUUAUUCAUAUCAUGAAAGAAUUUUAUUCGAAUUAUUCAAAGUUUUAAAAGGUAAACCACAACAACAGCAAGAUGGAAAAAGAUUAUCAACAUCAUAUAAUGGUUCAGAGAUUUCAAAUAGUUUAGCAACUCAAGGAGGUUCAAUACCAUCGACACCGGUAAUGAAUAUGGGAAGCAACUUAAGCUCAACAAAUACAACACCAUCAUUUUCGUCACCAUUAUCUUCAAAUAAUUUAACCAAUAUUAUAAAUAAUUUAGGUGGAUCAACACAAACACCAACCCCAUCUUCAUCAUCCAAUGCAAAUUCACUAUUUAAUACAGCAAGUCAAAUUUUGUCGAAACCAUUCCCAAUUAAAUCACAACGUAUAGCAUUGGUAAAGUUUGGUGAAGUUUGUAGUUUUAUCAGACCUUCGAAAUGUAGAAAAUAUAUUUUAUCUUUGGUACCACCUAUUAAUAUUCUCUUACAAAUUCAUGACGAUGAAUCACUUCAAGAAAGUAUUGCAACAUCAAUGGAAAAUAUUUCAAAAAUUUUAAUACCUUAUCUCAAAGAAAAUGAGGUUCACCAAUUAAUCGAUCUUUUCGCUAAAAAUUUAUCUCAAACCUCUGCUGCAGUACGUCGUGCUGCUUCACUUUCAAUCACUUCAAUUUGUAGACACUAUCCAAAACCUCUCUUCGAAUAUACGAUUGAAUCCCUAUUUAGUUAUACUUUUCCAAAUUCUCCUCCAAUUGCCUCAAUAACAUCGUCUCAAUGUAUACCAAAUUCAACAUCUACAAACACUCAAUCAAAUUCGAAAAUAUUGGGUGUAUUGUUUUCAUAUUUGCAAUUAAUAAAACUAUCUGAAGAAUUAUCAUUGAGCGAUAUAAAAAUUUUAGAUUCAUUUUCAUUAAAAAUUCAAUUUUUUGUACAUUUUAUUUUAAAAUAUAUUCAGUUACCCGAUAAUGACAAUGAACAAUACGAUCAUAAUGUUGUAGGUUUAAGUUUGGAGUUAUUACAGCAACUUUUAGUUACAUUUGGACCAUAUGAACACUCAUGGCCUAAACCAUUGGUUCAGCAGGUUAUUUCACAACUUCGUUCUCUUUGCUUUCAACAACACGCUUCAAUAAGAGUUAGUCUCAAAGCCGUGGUUUUAAAUUGCUUGGCACAAUCAGUAAAAUAUUUCCCAAAACUAUUUAAUCAGGAAUUCUUUUCAAAUCAAUAUCAACAACAAAAUGCAUAUAUAUCAUCUAUUUCACCAUCAGACUUAAAUUUUAAACUAUUCACGCCAAUUACCCAACAAGAACAGCAACAGCAAAAAUCACAAGGCGCACCACCAUUAUCAGCAUCAACUGCAAGCACAAAUCAAUCAUUUUUAUUUAAUCUUGAACCAAAAGAAGAGUUUUUAAAUUAUUUAACCGAUAGCGAUCCAUUACUUCGUGGUGGUACUGCUUUAAUGAUAGGUUGCUUAAUUAGAGGGUUCUUAGAAACUGAUCAUAUAACUAGUAAUCAAAUUUAUCCAACUGAUGUGCCAUUACUCCAAGAUAAUAUAUCAAUUCCAACACUUUUAAUUUUCCUUUUACGUGCUUUGAUGGAUUCUUCAUCGGUAACUGCAAAACUAGCAUGCACUGGUAUAGGAGAGUGUUUACCAACACUUUGUCAAAGCAAAUAUUCCGAUUGGGCUCUUGUAACCUUACGUCAUUUAUUAUGUGUCAGUAGUUCAACCUAUUGGUUAGUCAAAUUAGAAAUUUUAGAAACAUUAUCAAAAAUCGAUUAUAUAGUUAUAGAGUACUUGGAACAAAAUGUUCAACAUCGUUCAAAUGUAAUGAAUGUUAGUAUAAAUAAUAGUACCGAUGGUGGUUUAAAUAAUAGCACAGGUAUAAAUAAUAGUAGCAGUAGUUCUGGCGAAAAGGAAACUGGAGGGGCAGUUGCUAUACCAAUUCAAUCAAAAGUUUUGGAUUUCUUAAUUGAACAACUUAGCGAUAACGAUUUUAGAGUUAGAAAUAGUGCAGGUCAAGCUUUGGUCUCAAUUAUACCAAGAUUGGUAUUUACAGCACCAUUGGAACGCCAUUCAAUGAAGGGAAUAUCGUCAAAUGUUAGAGAAAGCUUUGAUGUACCAGAUUACGAGAAUACAGUUUUAAAAAAGAGAAAAAUCUUUGCAAAUCUUUCUCAUGUAAUUGGUUUUUUAGUUAAUCAAUUAUCAAAUCCUCACCCAGAUGAUAAAAUACGUGGUUGUUAUCAUGCUUUAAAUUUAAUUUGCCAAACAUAUUCUUUCCCACCAGAUACACCCCAAGAGUGUCGUUCUCUAUCAUCUAUUCUUCCAAAUCCAAUGCUUUCUUUUGUUGGUGAUAUUCUACCGUUAGCAUUAGAUAGAGUUGGUCUUACAUGGGUAGCCACCGAUUUCGAUGUUCACAUCGAUAUUAUCGAGGUAUUGGGUUAUCUUAGCAGAGGUGCAGAAAAUGUUCUAGGUUCUUACUGUUAUAAUGUUUUAAGACAUAUUGUUCGUAUAAUUAAUAUUGCAACUAAUAUUAUUCAAUUCCGUCCUACACCACCAUUAAAGGAGGUAAAGAGUAAUCCAAGUGGCAUCGUAAAUUCACCACUUUUGAAAGCUCCAACUCAUUUAGGUGCCUUUACUCAUUCAAUUCAUUAUAUUAAACUCUACUCUAAACUUUUGGCAGCUCGUGUAAACUCUAUAACGAUUUUUGGUUCCGAUAGAUUCUCCCAACUUAGACAAUCAUGUUUUGAAACUCUUGCCGUUAUUUUGAAAUGUGCUGGUAAAACUAUUCUCCCUUAUACCGAGGAAAUUAUUGGUUAUUUAACAACCCAUUUCGAACAAGAACCAGUUAGUGUUAUCAAAUGUAUUAACGAAUUGUUUUUGGUCACUAUGAAACCAACUCCUUUAGUUUCAAUAAGUUCGCUAUCACAAAAAUCCAAAGACCUUAAUAAUAUUGGUGGUUCAUCAUCGUCAUCAUCAUCAUCAUCAUUAAAACAAUACGAACCAAGAUCAAUUGAAAGCCAUUCAAGUAGUAGCAACCCACAUGACGAAAUGUUUUUAAAUUCAAAAUCUGUAUUUUCAUCGCUACUCACUUUUGGUACACCAAAUCUUAAACAACAUUAUGAAUAUGCUCAUGAAGUACCAUCAUCACAUAAUAUCAACUAUAGCUACAGUAAUCAAGAGAUCAAUAGAAUCAUUUCUGGUGAAGACAGAAAAGUUUACUUUAAACUCUUUGAGCCUCUCAUUGUAGGAUCAAUGGUAGAAUAUCAAACCACUCAUAACCAUCACUUAAAGAUUGCGAUUUUAUUAAUGUUUAGUAAAUUCAGUAAAUUUGGUCUUGAUUUAUCAUUGUUUGAUAAGGAGCAACAUUUCCCAACCUAUUUCAUCAAUGAAUUAAAAGAAACCAAUUGUUUACUUUCAAAGCCAUAUAAAGUAUUAUCUUAUAGCUAUGAUCUAUUAGGUUCUAUUUUUAUUCAUCGUAAACUUUACCCAGAUUUAAAUAUUGGCUUGGAUGAUUUAAAAAAACUAUUUUAUCAACAAGCUCCAGUUAGUAACCCAUCAGCCUCAGCAUCUAAAGCAAGUCAAUCAUUAGACUCAACACCAAUGCUUGCAUCAAAUAAUAAUAUUAACCAAGCAUCACAAUCAUUGAACAAUAGCUCGUUAUUAAAUCAGUCAUCUCAUCCAUACAGCUAUACAAUCCCAACUAUAAUCGAAAAUUGCCACUCAUUUGUAAGAUAUCUUUAUGAUCCAUUAGAUAAAUACCCAGACACAGAGUUUAGAGAUGGAUUUUUAAAUUUCCUUUUAUCAAAUCUUCAAUAUUCUCAAACCAUCGAUCUUUUAAUAUUGAUCGUUACAUUGAUAAAGUCAAAUAAUCCACUUUAUUCCAAAUAUUCACAACAGAUUUCACAUCAACUAUUUACAUCGUUAUCACUUGGCGACUCACCAUUCUUUAUAAUAAACUCAAUUGAAGAAGUUGAAAAACUAUAUGUAUUAAUCGAUAAGCUUCAUAAUUCAUCUCUAUCAGCUUCAAGAUGGGCAGAUGCUUUAUUAUCAGUAUCACCACAGUUUGUAAAUAACACCAAUAAACCAAAUACCAAUACCCCAACACCAAGCCAAGCAACAACAACAACAACCAGUGAUCCAUUACAAAGAAAAAGAAUACUUUUAUUACGCGAAUCAAUUUUAGAGGCCUAUGAGUUACGUUGGUUACCUCCUUUAUUAGUAAUACUUCGUACUGGUUGCAAAUUACCUGAAGAAUCUAGAAUUUCUGCAGCUAGACAAUCAAGAUAUCUUUCAAAUCAUGAUAAUAAACAACAAUCAAGCCCAAGUGCCAAUAUUAUAAGCCAUGUGAUUUUGAAAUUAAUUCGAAAUGCAGUUCAAGUUUUCUCCCUUUACAAACCAAAGAAUAUUUUAUUUACCCAAUUAAUUAAUCAUCUCUUGUAUUAUAGUUCAAUCUUUUUCAACAAGAAUUUAGUACCCCAUAUAACUCCAUCAACAACUAAUGUUACCUCUCCACACUCUACUAGUCCAAAUAUUGUCAGUAGUACAUCACCAUUAAGCAUGUCAUCGCAUCUAAUGAAGCAACCUUCAGCCACAUCACUCUUGGGCAUCGCCAGCAACAACCUCUUUACUGAUAGCUUAAAGAUUAUAAUAGCAACCAAUGAAGGUUCACCAAUUAUUCACGAUAUUGUAAACUCUCUUUUAUCCUAUGGUGGUACAAGUACAAGUAUUCAUGUCGUAAAAUUCCUUUUAUUAUUGGGCCGUGAUGAUCAAGUUUGGAAAUCAUAUGCAAUGUCUAGUUAUUGGCAAACCUGUGGUUGUGAACAUUUCUUGACCCAUCAUAUCAUAUUUUUAUUAUAUUGUCAAGCCAUCAUCAUAUUAAAGCUACCAAUUGAUUUAACAGAAACCUUUUUAGAUAAAAUGGUAUUGCUAAUCAACGAGUUUACAAUAAAGAAACUUAUUGAAUCUAUUAAAGGAGAAUAUACCGAAACUCUUACAAAUCACCUUAAAAAGAUUCUCUCCAGAGCUUCAAAUUCAUUAGACCUUAGAAAAAAACAAAAGUUACUUCGUUUACUUUCAUAUUUACCAGCAAACAGAGAAACCAUUGAACUAUUAAUUGUCAAUUUUAUUCAAACUGAUGAUAUUAGUUUACAAGUUUCAGGUGAACGUAUUUUAAAUCUCAAAAUCAAUACAUUAAUCGAAGAAUAUGGAACCACCAAGUCAUUGGAUAUAAUUCAAGAGCUUUAUCAAAUAUUUAUGUCUAAUUUUGUAAAAUCGACCACAAACCUAUCAGUUCAAUCAUUGUUUUUAAAACUAAUAAAAAACCUUUCACCAAAUUCAAAUAUUACCAUUACACCAACUAUUCAAGUAAUAAAACAAGAUUAUAAUAGUAAUGAUGAAAACCAUGAAGAAAAGGAAGAGCAUAAUGAAAAUAAAGAUAAUGAAGAGCUUAUUAAUAAUAAUAUUAGUAUUGAAAAAUUAACUGAAUUACAAAUUGAAACAUUAAAAAGUGGCUAUUUAAAUGACUAUCAUCAAUUAUCAACUAUACCUUGGAAAUAUUUUAUAGAACUUAUUAAAUCAAGAUACUUUAUUCAUAUGAACCAACAUAGUUUUAACCAUAUUUCAAUUUUAUCACAGAUCGAUAAAGAGGCCACAGUUCAACUUUUAGAAUCAAAUCGUUUGGAUAGCACAUUGUUACCAGAAUUUAUAAGUUCAAAUUAUAGUUUAGAUUAUCAAGACGAAAUCCAAAACUAUUUAUUAAAGAAAAUGGAUAAACUUUUAGCCAAAGCUGGUGAAAUUGGUAGCGAUCCAUUAAAAGGUGGUCCACCUUUCCUUUCUGAUCCAGUUUGGGAUGAAUUAAGAGAAACAACAAGAUGCCUAUCAAAUUUCAUAAAUAAAUUUGGUAUUAACGAUCUUUGUGAAUCAAAUUUAUUACAAGUUUCAACAUGGGCAUUUAUCGAAAGUUUUAGACGUUGGCGUGCAGAAAUCAUCAAUCCAUAUGACUUUAAAUUAGUAUUAGAGCUUUCUCGUUCAAUUAUUUUAAAGAGUACUGCCUCAAUUUUAACAAUCACUGAUGAUUCAUCUUGGUGUUCAUUAUUAUUGUGUCUAUAUAAAUUAUAUUGUCUUGUUAUCAGACCUCACUUUGGUUAUAUUUCUGGUCAAAGAGAACUCGAAGAAAACUUUUCGCAAGAUCCAACUCAAAUUUCUCUAACCCAAUCAAAUGAAAUGGUUAAAUUUUUAGUUUCACUCUUAACAAAUUCCAAAUCCUAUAGUCCAAUGCCAGGUUCACACAUUGGUCAAUUGAUUUUUGAUAGUUUUAUUAGAGCAAUUAUACCAUUAGCAACAAAAGCAUUCGACUUUAUUUAUCCAACCUUAACAGCAUCAGAUGAAAAUGAAUUUGGUGGUGGUAUUAUUCCAAACUGCCCAAUAUUUUCAAGUAUUGUUUCCCCAGAGCAAAAUAUUCGUGCGUUGGUUAGAUUCAUUCAUUUCGUAGAAAUUGAUAAUGAAGAGAAAUUCGGUCAAGUUUGGAGAAUUCUAGAGCCAAUAUUUGUUGCACAAUUGGGUGAUGCUGAAAUUGGAACUGAUGAAAUUACUGAAGAAAGUAAAUGUGUUGCUCUUUCCGGUAUGACCUCAAUGAUUAUUAAAGUUUGCUUUGAAAUCUCUGGUGUCAACUCUCAAGUUAACCUUUUAGAAACAUCCACAAUUCCUAAACCAAUAUACAAUCAUAUUCCACGUGAAAAAGAUUUAAUUUUCCUCAAUACACCAAUUGGUAAAAAAUUAAACAAUCUUUUAUCAAUUAUUUAUGGUGGUAUGCCACAAUCAGAAUUACCACUUGGAGGUGGAGUAGGCACUAUCGGAACAUCAUCAACACUAUCUGCAUAUCAUUUUAAUAUAGAAAGAUCAUUCUCUUCAAAUUCUUUUGGUUCUGAUCAAAUCUCACUUCAAGACCUUCGUCUCUUUAAGGUUCCAAGCUUUAUUGGUAUUAAUUUUACACCUUUAAUUAAAAAACUUUUAGAAUCGUUUGAGGGUUUCCUUUUGAACCAAAUGUGCCCACCUAUGUUGAAAAAAGAAAUCUUACGUUCAGUUGUUACAUUAUCAGAUUUAUUCAAUAGAGAUCAAGUUUGUUGGAUGUUUAGAACGUUCCAAGCCAUUAUCACCACGGAUGAAAUCGAUGAUUUCUUUUUAAAACAACAUUUAAUUUUAGGUAUUUGUAAGAGUAUUGCAAUUUUACAACAUCCACCAAAUAUUGCAGAUAUUAAUGCUCAUGCAGUUGGUAUUUUUGAAAUGUUAAAAGCUGCUUUAGAACAUCCAAAUAUUUCACUUCAAGUUUCAGCACUCGAUGGCAUUCUUUACUUAUUAGAAGGUAAAGUUAAUAAAUAUAUUCAAGGUCCAUUAUUACAAUAUCUCUUUAGAUGGAUUCCAACCCGUCUCUCAAGCUCACAUUCCCCACCAGUUAGUUUGACACUACGUGUAUUAGCAACUAUGUUUUUAAUGAUUGAACAGUAUAGUAGAGAAGCUGAAGAAACUCUUUUCACCAAACGUGCAGUUACAACAUGUAUCCAACUAGGUCAACAAUCAUCAACUCCAGCCCCGAUUGUAUAUGGUGUAUUUAGAGGUUUAGAUCGUUUAUUAGGCUCAUUCUCUUUAUCUCACUCUCAACGUGAAUCAAUUUCUCAAUUCUCUUUGAAAUCAUUACCUUCAGAAAAUCCAAUUCGUUCGUUAUUAGCCCUAGGUUUAAUGGUUACUUGUAUAUACACAGGUGAUGAAACUGGUAUCACAUCUCCAUCAAAAUCAUCAGUUUCAUCUAUUGGCAGCAGUGGUAUCAACUCUUUAACUGCAUUCGAAGGUUUAUCAUUUAAUCCAUCAAGUGAUUCUCCUUUAAACUUUUCAGGUACUAGUAGCAGUAAUGGAAGCAUUAGCAGUAUCAUCAACAAUCACAACAUUAACAAUAACGAUAGUGAUGAUAAUAGCGAUCCAGAAAGAAAUAAAUUCUCUCGUGUUAAUAAUAUGGAAAAGGUUAAAAUGCUCUUUGAUAAAAUUCGUUUAGUCUCUCAUUUCUCUUAUGAAGCCUAUGUUUUAUCUCAAGUCAUACCAACUGUAAUUAUCGAUCUUUUCCCAAGUGUUGACCAAUUACUGUCAUUUAUUUUAGGUGAAUUCCUCAAACAAAGCAAAUCUAAUCCAAAACUAAUGUGUCAAAUAAUUAGUAAAGUUUUCGAUUAUCUAUUAGAAAACGAUAAAGAUAAAACAAAUCAGCACUUGAUCAACUAUUGGAUUAUAAUUUGUUUACAAAACUUUUUCCAAAUUCAAAAUCCAAAUCAUUGCUUAUGGGCCUUAACUUAUUUAUUUUUAACUUCCUCACCUUUAAAAUCUUUUAAACUAUUAGAAUCUGAAUUUGCCUCUAAAAUUCAAACUAAUGAAAAACUAUUUUUAAUUAUUGCAGCAGAAUUUUAUUUUAACAAAGAUUUGACAAAAGAAAACAAACAACUAUUUAAAGACUCUUUUUCAAAAUUAAAAUCUGAACCCUAUAUUUCUUUAAUGAAAGUUAUAAAAAACCAAUAAAUAUAUUUUAUU